CUAUUCUUAUAUUUAAUCUGUGGUUAUGUAUCGCAUAUAAAUGCAAAAUGAAUGAUAAGUCUUUAUAUUAAAUCUAUUUGUUAGCUAUUUAUUUACGUUAAGUGAUUGAAAUAUUUUUCUUGAAUGAUUAAUUGUGUGUGAUAAAGUUUUUGAUGACAAGAUUUUUCAUGUUAAACAAUAAUAUAAUAUAAUUGUUUUAAACUUUAUCUCCUACAAAUUAUCAAUAAUUUUUAAGAAAAUCAUUAAUUAAUCUAACCUUUUUAAAUGUUACAAAAAAGACUAACGUUUAUUUCAUAGCAUUGCUGUAUUGAAUAAGUUUCAAUAUUUAGGCAUGAAUCGUGUCGAUUUAAAAGUGGUUUUAUUGGGUAACGCAGCUGUAGGAAAAACAAGUCUUGUGGAACGUUUCGUAAAUGAAAGGUUUAACGAAAGUCUAUCUUAUCAAAAUACUAUAGGCGCUGCAUUUGCAGCUAAGCAAAUGCAAGUCAAUGGGAAAAGGCUUAUCAUGGGAAUAUGGGACACAGCAGGCAGUGAAAAAUAUGAUGCUAUGAGUAGAAUAUAUUACCGCAGUGCAAAAGCUGCUGUUAUUUGUUAUGAUAUCACAAAAUCAAAUACAUUUCAAAGAGCAAAAUUCUGGGUAAGAGAACUUCGAAGUGUUGAAGAAGGAUGUAAAAUAUACAUUUGUGCUACAAAAAAUGAUAUCUUAGAGCACGGUGCAGUUCCAUCUCCUGAUAUUAGUGUUGUAGAAGCAUAUGCUACAGGAAUUCAAGCUAAAUUUUUCAUUACAUCUAGUAAAACUGGAGAAAAUGUUGCUGAAUUAUUUAAUGAAAUUGCACAAGACUUUGUAUCUGAUCCAAAUAAUAUAGAAAAAAUUGAAGAGACAAUUGAAAUAACUAAUGAAUCCACAACUAAAGCAACAUAUUGUUGUCAUUGAAAAUAUCAAAAUCAGUAUUAAAAAUUAUCACAAUUUUCUUAUAUAUUUAUCAUAUUUUAUAUUAUUUUAUACAAGUGAAUAUCACAAAUGUAAAUUGAUGCAGUAUACUGUAACUUGAUAUAUUAUUGAAUGUAAAUGUAAAAAAAUUCUUGCCCUUGAAGAUUAUUUUUAAAUAUACUCUAUAUUUUACUCUGUA